ACUGCUGAUGCUAAUCUCAGUUUUGAUGCUCAGAUUCUUGAGGCUGCCAAGAGUAUUGCAGCUGCCACUAAGAGUCUGGUACAGUCGGCUAGAGCCACACAACGUGAACUGACAGAGCAAGGGAAGGUCUCCCUUGGAACUGUCCCUGCUGAUAGUCAGUGGUCUGAUGGACUCGUGUCUGCUGCCAAGUUAGUAGCUGAGUCCACUAGUCAGCUAUGUGAAGCAGCUAAUGAUGUUGUUCAAGGUGAAGGAGAUGCUCAGGAAGGAAGGCUCAUUGGAGCUGCUAAAGCAGUUGCUGCUACUACCGUACAGCUCCUUCAUGCUGCUCAAGUUAAGGCUGAUGCCCACUCUGAGAAUAACAAGAGGCUACAAAGAGCUGGUCAGCAGGUUAAGAAAGCUACAGAGGCACUUGUGAAGGCAGCUCAAGACUCAGUUGAUAGUGCAAAGGAAAGAUCAGUUGAUGCCUUUGGAAGAUCAAUUGGACCCAAUGAGAAAGGUCCAACUAGCGAGGUUGUUAAGAUGAAGCGUGAGAUAGAAGCACAGGCAAGGAUUGUUGCAAAACAAAAGGAAUUAGAGCAACUUCAUGAAGAACUAGUCAGGAUCCGCCGUAAGAAAUGAGCAACGAAAGAAACUUUAAAAAUAAUAGUACCCACCUUUAUUAUUAUUAUUAUUAUUAUUAUUAUUAUUAUUAGUGUUAUUGCCAGUCAGCAGUAAUUAUUAUAAUAAUGAUAAUUAGUUAUUAUUAUGAUUAUUAUUAUUAUUGAAUUUGUUUGUUGUUUGUUGUUUUAAGGACUAAUAAUGAGAGAAUUAAUUACAAACAGUUUUAGUACAUGACUAUUAAUAAUGUGUUUCAGUCUAUUUUUUUUCUAUCGUUUGUCGUUUAAAAAUACUAAAAUUAAAUCAAA